AUGAUCUCUGGAGACGCUGCACUUCACACCUUCCUGGCUGGCUCGCUGACAGGCAAAACAGUGCUGGUGAUCUAUCACUGCACUCAUUUCACCAGCCGCUCCUUUAACACACUGGAUUGCACACAUAUUUGGGUGGAAAUGUUGUACAUCGACAGCGGCUAUGAGAUGAUGGACGACGGAAUAAAAACAGCUGAGAUCAUCUUUCUUCACCCCACCCUUUCAACAUUAUUCUUUUUGAGUAUCCUUCGUUGUCAAGCCGCCAAAGUGGAGAGUGUGGUUGCAGAAGGGGGUGCUUCUCGUUUCAGUGCUUCUUCGGGAGGGGGAGGAGGAGGUCGGGGUGCACCUCAGCACCAUCCCACAACUGUCGGCAACAGCGAGUUCCUGGGGAAAACCCCAGGGCCUAGCGUUCAGAGAUGGGUUCCUUCACGAAGCACUAGACGAGAUGUCAGCUCCUCAAACGAAAAAGAACACCACGAUGCAAUCUUCAGAAAAGUGAGAGGCAUACUCAAUAAACUGACCCCUGAGAAGUUUGACAAGCUAUGCCUUGAGCUUCUGAAUGUGGGCGUGGAUUCAAAGCUCGUCCUCAAAGGAAUCAUCUUGCUGAUUGUAGACAAGGCCCUCGAAGAGCCCAAGUAUAGCUCGCUAUAUGCUCAGCUAUGUCUGCGUUUGGCAGAAGAUGCUCCAAACUUUGAUAACCAAUCAUCUGAGAUCCAGUCAGCACAAAAGCAGAGCACUACAUUCAGGAGACUUCUGAUCGCAAAGCUUCAAGAUGAAUUUGAAAACCGCACCAGAAAUGUUGAUAUUUAUGACAAAAGCGAUGGCCCUCUUACUUCUGAAGAGGAGGAGCAGCGCGCCAUUGCAAAGAUCAAGAUGCUGGGCAACAUCAAAUUCAUUGGGGAGCUUGGCAAGCUUGACCUCAUUCACGAGUCUAUCCUUCAUAAGUGCAUCAAAACACUUCUGGAAAAGAAGAAAAGAGUCCAACUUAAAGAUAUGGGGGAGGAUUUGGAGUGCCUCUGUCAGAUAAUGAGGACUGUGGGGCCUAGACUUGAUCAUGAGAAAGCCAAGUCUUUAAUGAAUCAGUACUUUAGCCGCAUGCGAUCCUUAAUGAACAACAAGGACUUGCCUGCAAGGAUUCGUUUCCUGCUGCAGGAUACUGUAGAGUUGCGAGAGAACAACUGGGUGCCUCGGAAAGCUUUCAUCGAUAACGGACCGAAGACCAUCAACCAGAUCCGUCAGGAUGCAGUGAAAGAUUUGGGCGUGUUUAUUCCAGCUAUGAACCCAGGAAUGAGGACUGACUUCUUUCAAGAUAACUCCUUCUUGCCAACACGACUGAGCAGGGAGAUUCUUGGGGGAUUGGCUGAUAUGUUUGGACAAAUGCCAGGCUGUGGAAUUGGAACUGGACCUGGGGUUAUUCAAGACCGCUACUCCCCCACCAUGGGGCGCCAUCGUACAAACCCGCUCUUCAACGGCCAUGGUGGCCACAUGGCUCCUGCUCCUCAGUCUCAAUUUGACAAGUCUUUCAUGAAACCCACUCAGGGGCAGAAUCUGCUUUUCCAGAACCAAACUCAGCAACAAGUUCCGUCCAAAGACAUGCCACCACGUUUCAGCAAGAAGGGACAGCUCAAUGCUGAUGAGAUUAGCCUGAGACCUGCUCAGUCAUUUCUCCUGAACAAAACCCAAGUGCCAAAGCUGCAGCCACAGAUUCCCAACAUGAUGCCUCCUAGCACUCAGCCUCCACGCACAUCCACUCCUCCGCUUGGACAGCUUGGCCUGAAGACAAAUCCACCUCCAAUUCAGGAGAAGCCUCAGAAGACAAACAAGAAACCUGCUCCUGCCAAAGAGGAACUGCUCAAGAUGACUGAGACGAUUAUUAAGGAAUAUAUGAGCAACAAGAAAAUCAGUGAUGCUGUGAACGGGGUGAGGGAGAUGAGGGCACCGAAACACUUCCUGCCAGAGAUGUUGAGUAAGAUAAUCGUGUGCUUGUUGGACAGCCCAGAUGAUGAUAAGGAGCACGUUAGCAGUCUGUUCCAAACACUGCGUUCUGAAGGCCUGAUCACUGGGGAGAACUUCAUGCAGGCUUUUCUUAACGUUCUGGACCAGUGCCCUAAGCUUGAGGGUGACAUCCCCCUGGUGAAAUCUUAUCUGGCCCAGUUUGCUGCGCGUGCCAUUAUCGCUGACCUCCUGAGCAUCGCAGACUUGGCCCAUCCUCUGGAGAACGGUGUACACUUCCCUCUUUUCUUGCUUUGCCUGCAGCAGACAGCCAAGCUGAAGGAUAAAGAGUGGCUCACGGACCUGUUCCAGCAGAGCAAGGUCAACAUGCAGAAGAUGCUGCCAGAGAUAGACCAAAACAAAGACCGUAUGUUGGAGAUUUUGGAGGGGAAGGGUCUGAGCUUCCUGUUCCCACUCAUGAAACUGGAGAAGGAGCUGCUGAAGCAGAUUCAAGCGGACCCGGCACCUCAGACCAUCUACAAGUGGAUCAAGGACAACAUCUCGCCCAAACUUCACACCGAUAAGGGUUUCGUCAACAUUCUGAUGACCAGCUUUUUGCAGUACGUUUUCCAUGAGCUGUAUUUGGACGAAUCCAACGAGCAGCUGUCCUCACCUUCCAAAGAACAGCUGGAUCAGGAGAAGCAGCUGCUGUUCGCAUUCAAGCCAGUGAUGCAGAAGUUCCUGCACGAUCACGUGGAGCUGCAGGUCGGCGCCCUGUACGCGCUGCAAGUGCACUGCAAUGCCAAGGCUUUCCCCAAAGGAAUGUUGCUGCGCUACUUUGUCAACUUUUACGAUAUGGAAAUAAUCGAAGAAGAAGCCUUCCUCGCAUGGAAAGAAGAUAUUUCUCAAGAGUUUCCUGGCAAAGGCAAAGCGCUGUUCCAGGUGAACCAGUGGUUGACCUGGUUGGAGACAGCUGAGGAAGAGGAGUCUGAAGAAGAAGCUGACUGAGAAACCACAGCUAAAGCCUUAAGCGUCUAAUUGACAUCUUUGCUUGUGCUUUUUUUUUUUUUGCUUUGCCCCCUCUUUUUUUUUUUUUUUUUUUUAAAUGAACCCUUUACGUCAUUCCUCAUAGCCCACUUUGUUCUCCACACCAUUUAAAGCAUGUAAUGGUUUUCUGUUUAAAACACCUAAGAAUUAGUAUUAGCAGUAUGAUUCGAUUAGUUUUUGCUUUUAAAGACCACUUUUUUUUUUUUUUUUUUUUUUUUUUUGCGAAAGCCUUUUAUCCUGCUGCUGUAACAACACAACUGCAGAAAUGCACUUUGUGCUCAGUGUCAUGAGCUGUUGCAAUAUGCUCCCUCCAUUGUUACGAAGAUCCCUCGGCUGUAAUCAUCGCAGACGUAAAGUUUUAAGUCAGCAGUUUGUUUCUACCUCUAAGAUGGGUUUAGUGCGCCGGUGAAUCAAAUCCCUCCUUCAAGCAGGCAGAAUUGUCCAAACCUGCAACAGUGCACAAGCGUGUGUUUUGGGCGGGGCCUUACGGUUUACACUCAUGCUGAUCUGAUUGUCACAAAGGAAAGCCAUGGGCGAGAGGAGUUCAACAGCCCUCUCUCCUUGGUGUGGUGGGUGUUUGGUCGUCUUUUUUUUUUUUUUUUUUUUUAAAUCAACCCAUGUGUGUCCCCCUCUUGUCCACCUUUUGAUACUUGAAAACCCCCCACCCCACUUUUUUUCUUUCCCUUUCACAGCAUGUUCAGGGAUUUACCAAACAUGGCCUGUUUUUCAGAUUGAAGAUGCAGCGACCAUUGAUGGACUCGACAACAUAUUUUUAAACUUAAAGAAAAUGUAAAACUUUUAAUUUGUGAAAUAAAGUUGAAAUUGGAAUUGAUGUCGACUUGAACCACUCAGCUGAUGAAACCCAAGUCUGUUUUUCCACAAUAUCCUCUAAUAGAUAUUUAUUGAACUCUAUCAUGAAAACAACUGAUGCUUUAUUUUUAGGUAGAACAAUGUGGUAUACAUCUGUACAAUGAAUUACCUGCUAUUUAAAGUGUUAGUGCAAGAUGUAAGGGCUCUGAACGUCGUGUACCACUCACUUCACUUUCAAUAAAGUUACACAUCCGGA